UUUCAAACAAAAAUUGUGAAUACGGAAUACCUGUAUUUGACAAAUAAACACGUGCUUAAUUUAGUGAGGUUGGUUUGUUUUAUUAAUUUGUCAAUUCUAAAAUAGUUAUGAAAAUGAAGCAGAUUAAACGAAGUGGUAUUGAAACAACAAAAGAAGAACCCCCUACAAAAAGACAGAAAAAAAUAACAUAUGACAGUAGUUUAGAAAAACCGACUAAAAAAACAAAAAGUUUCGUUGGUAAAUCUAAAAAUAUACAAACAAAAAAUGGAAAACUAAAUACAAAUACAGAAAAACCAGCGGAUUGGAAUUUAUUUAAAAAAGAGAAAAAAGAAUUACGUUUAGCACGAAAAAAACAAAAAAGUUUGUAUGAAGUAAUUGUAGAAGCGAAGAAAAUAGGUGAAAAUUUACGUCGUAAAACAUUAAAAGGGGGUGAUGAGGAACGUCAAAAGUUAACAAAUCAAUUACAUGAAAUGUUAGGCAAUAAAGGGCAAUAUGUGAAAUUAGUUUUAGCUCACGAUAUGGCACGAAUUGUUCAAUACUUAUUAAAAUUUGGUUCAAUUCAAAUGCGUGAAGAAAUUGCGAAAGAAUUAAUACCAUCUACAAUUGAAUUGGUCCAAUCAAAAUAUGCAAAAUUUUGUGUUGAACGAAUGCUAAAGUAUGGAAAUGCGACAACCAGAUCGAAUGUAAUUGAUGCAUUUUAUGGCAAUGUUGUAAAGUUGGCAAGCCAUACCAUAUCAGCACACGUUCUAGCGAAUGCUUACAGUACAUGGGCAACUAAUCAACAAAAAUUAAACUUACAACAGGAGUUUUAUGGAGAUAUGUACAAACAAAAUAAGGAUAGUGAAGUCAAAUGUAUUGCGGAUGCAUACAAACAGAGUCCUGAUAUGAAAGUAGCAAUACUAGGUGCAGUUAAAGCUAAUUUAGAUCGGGUUUGUAACAAAGAGUUAUUAGAUAAUCAAUUAGUACAUGCAGUAUUGCAUGAUUAUUUAAAUGAAAUGACGGAUAUGGCACAAAGAAAUGAAAUGAUUGGACAAAUGUCAUCACAUGCUGUAGUUUUGGCUAACACCAAAGAAGGAUCUCGUGUGCUUAUGAAGUGUAUUUGGCAUGGAACAAAUAAAGAUAAAAAGACAAUAAUGAAAUCACUUAAAGAACAUAUAAAAGAUUUAUGUUGCCAUGAGCAAGCGCACACAGUGAUUAUAUGUAUUUUGGAUUCAGUGGAUGAUACUGUAUUAGUAAAUAAAAUAUUACUUAAUGAAAUUGUGUCAAAUGCAUCUCACUUAGUUCAAAAUGAAUGGGGCAGAAAGGUCCUUUUAUGGUUGGUGUCAGCAGGUGACCCACAUCAUUUUCAUCCCACAUUCACAGCAGAAUUAAAACAUGGUUUCGAUUCUUCUACAAGUAAGAAAGCAGUUGAUGUACGUCGAAAAGAAUUAUUAGGAUAUUCGUUGCCAUUAUUAUUAAAGCAAAUAGCUGACGACACGAAUAUGUGGCUAGGAAACAGUUCUGUAGCUAUGGUCACUUUAACAACAUUGAAAGCUGAUCCUUUAAAUAAAGAUCUUCAAGCUACUUUAAAAAAUAUUUCUCAUCAUAUUUGUGAUAAAAAUUGGACUAUAAGCGAAAAAGCUGACAAUAAAGAAGAAAAAGGAGAAAUUGAACAAAUUUCUGGCAUUGAACACGCUGGCUUGCAUAUGACUUUAAAGAAAUUAGCACAAAAUGAUAAAAUUUUGAGUGAAAAAAACGUUGGAUUCACUUUUGGAUCAAUUUUAUUGGAAACUUUAACAGAUGAUACGGUGACAUAUUGGACUUCAAGUAAUAGAGGAUGCUUCUUAUUGGUGGCAGUUAUUGAAUCGAAUCCAAAAGACGUACAAAAUAAAUUUAUAAAUAUGUUGAAACCACAUUUGAAUAAACUAAGACAGAAAGCAACAUCUGGUGCUAAAGUUUUAAUUAAAAAAAUUAAUUAA